GCUAGCGAGAAAAUCAAUGACAGCACGUCCAAUGUCCGAGAGAGACAAUAAAAUCUAUCCUUCUUCAUGACAAGUUGCAUAGCUUUGUAACCCUAAAUUUCUUUUUUUUUACAUUUAAAAUCCAAACAAACUCGAAUGCAUUUGUUGAUGAUGAUUUAUUCGAAUCCCAAUUUUAUCCUCUAGUCACAGACUACUCACUAUUAUAUAGGCUAUAUAUGUGCCUCUAGUCAUGGCACGUAGCAUUGAACUGGUAAUAUUCGCAAUCAACAUAGUAGGAAUUCUGACGUUAUAUGUGCUCAACUUGCUGGUAUUAAACUGGGAUGUGCUACAAGACCUUCCGAAGGACUCCGCCUGGAUUGUGGAUGGAGCCCGAAAUAUAUUGGGAUAUGCCACCGUAUUCCUGCCGGGCUAUUUAGUGUUUGUCUACAUCAAGAAAACGAACUAUUUGAAUGUUAGUGGACGUGGCCCAAUUGGAGCAGUUAUCCGCACUUGUUUUGGUGAAGAUGAGCUGCCUUUGUUGAAUUCUUCAGGAGUUACGAUCAAAGGAACCAGGACUCCAUUGCAAAACAGCUUACUGCUGAUAUUCUACUUCUUUGGGCUUCAAGUAUCGUAUCUCUCGUGGGGAGUGCUUCAGGAGAAAAUCAUGACCCAAAAAUACGUGUCUCCAUCGAAUGAAAUCGCUUACUUUAAAGACUCGCAGUUUUUAGUGUUUGUAAACCGCAUUUUAGCGUUUUCCAUGUCAGCGGUUGUGAUAUUUUGCACCCGACAACCGAGACAUCGGUGUCCGAUGUAUAAGUACGUUUUCUGCUCACUUUCCAACAUUAUGAGCUCCUGGUGCCAGUACGAGGCCCUAAAGUUCGUGUCGUUUCCUUGCCAGGUGCUUGCAAAGGCCAGUAAAACAAUCCCUGUGAUGAUAAUGGGCAAAGUCGUCUCAAAAACCAAAUACGAAUUUUACGAAUAUGUGACUGCGGUGAUUUUGUCCUUUGGAAUGCUGUUUUUCUUGUUGGACACUGGAACGGAUAAAACUAGCAACUCUUCCACGGCCUUUAGUGGAGUUUUUCUUCUAUGCUUAUACAUAGGCUUCGAUAGUUUCACUGCCAACUGGCAGGGAAAACUCUUCAAAGCCUACGAGGUAAAACCCAUACAGAUGAUGUGCUUCGUCAAUUUCUUCUCCUGCAUAUUCACUCUCACUUCGCUCGUGCAGCAUGGAGGCCUGUUCAAGUCCGCUUCAUUCAUGUUCACAUAUCCCCAAUUCACCGUAGAUAUAAUCACUUUGUCCGUAUGCUCAGCAGCUGGGCAAAUGUUCAUUUUCAACACUAUCGACACAUUUGGACCUCUGGUAUUCGUAAUAAUCAGCACCAUCCGACAAUGCUUUUCAGUCCUGCUUAGCUGCAUUAUUUAUCAUCACAAUGUCCAUCUUCUAGGCGGUUUGGGACUGUUCCUUAUCUUCUUCAGUGUGCUGCUAAAGAUCUACUGCGGCCAUCGUUUGAAGCGAAUUCGUCAGCAAAAUGAAGCUCUUUUAAAAAGCUAACAAACCUAAGAAGCGCCAAAGUGUUGAGUGUAUUUAUUUGAGUAACUGAUCUAAUUUGCAGCUUUAGACGAUACGAAACAUUUAAGUGAAGGCAUGUGUGAAACUAUGUGAACAGCUUAAAUAUAUAUUAAAUUAUCUAUAAAGUUAGUUUGGAUACAAUAAUUAGAGCUAUGAAUGUAAAAAGUACUAUAUAUUGCUAUAGAUAGCAACUUAUGUAAAAAAAAAUUUAUGGUUGCAUUUAGGUUUAAACACUCGGUAUGUCUUAGUACACAAAAUGAAAUUUC